AUUUUACGUCUGCCUUAAAUUUAAAUGUUAUAAAUUAUUUAAUAAAUAAAAUAUUUAUUGAUAAAAAUAUUUUAAAGUUUUUUCACCUUCCACAUUCAUUGCAAGCUAAGAGUACUUUUAAUGAAAUUAUACACGAAUAUAGGAAGUAAGACGUUGAAUUAGUUAUUAAUUUAAUAAAUACAUAAUUAAUAUAUUUAUAAAGAAAUUAGACAGUAUAACCCUCGAACCCACUAAAAACCAACAUUCUAAAUUCUUUUUUUGACCACUCAAUGGUGCGUGAACGACAAACGCCACAGUAACUUUUUCACGAAUGCCACGUAGGAAAUGAUAUCUUAAAAAUAGGUUAUUGCUUUCUCUUUCAAACAUUUCUUUCUUUUUCCUUUUCAACUAGACCUUUGUACUCUCCAUUCCCGAUUUACAUCGUUUAUGACCGCAAUUUUUUUUGAUUUUGUGAAGUGUUUGAGUUCGCAUUUCACUCCAUAGUUGCAUGGUAGGAAUAUGGCUUCAACAAUUAUUACACUUCAAUUGCAUUAUGAUGGUUGUUUUUAUUUGAGCCUGAACUCAGGUAUGCUAAUGAAAUUUCUGAUCUUGAAAAACUCAGAAUCGAUAUGGAUAAACUUCAUACUAUGUUUUUUUCAUAAAUUAGCGAGAGAAUUGAGAGUUGACAAAGUUGAGACAUUUGGGUGUAAAGUUAACAAAAGAGGUGGUUUUUAUAUGUUGAAAAGUGAUGUUGAUAUGUUGAGAUUUAUUAACAACUUAAAGAGUGGGGACGUAGUUGAUGUGUACAUAUAUGGUACAUCAAAUUAGUACUCCUGUUAUUGUUGAGGAUCCUACUGAGGUGCAAAUAGCCAAAUUGCUUACUCCCAAAAAAGGUAAACCCCCCCCCCACGUACUAUUAUAAAUGUUAAGACUGAUAUGUCUUCCCUCAACUAUUUGAUAAAAAUGAUAUAAAUAUAAAAGAUCAGCAACCUAGGUAAAGAAGGAUAAGAAUAAGGAGAUUGCUGCUCCUGAGGAUUCUUUAUAGGACUUAGAUAAAGAUGUAGGUCAAGGUCAAGAUAAUGACUUUCUUCUUAUCACCUUCAAAUAACUGAUGAAUCUGAUGUACAUGUAGAUGUUGAACAAUCUGAUUCUAAGUCACUUUAUGAUGUUGAUGAGAACAUUGAUGACUUAAGUGACUUAAAUAUUGAGUUUGUAGAAGUUAGGCAGUCAAAUAUUUAAGAACAAGUUAAUUAAAAAAUACUACUAGAAUAAAUGUAGAUGAGAUACUUUAUAGUCCUGUAGAUAUCGAUGCUGAUUUUGAAUAUAUUUAUAAGAAUAAGAGGGGAAGAUAUGAAGGAAAAUUGGGUAUGGAUGACCUGUAUUUUAAUAGCUCAAAUCCUGGUAGUGAUAUUUAUGAAAAUGAAGGGGAUCCAGUUGAUUCUGAUGAGGUUGUAGAUCCACCACUUAGGAUUUCAAGUAUAAAAGUUUAUUUUGACCCAAUUGCAAAAAAAAAAAUUAGUUGUAUAUGAUUUUUGUGAAUAAUGUUCAGUUUAGGAAAGCACUGCGACUUAUUUCAUUCAGAAGGAUGUGAACAUUAAACUUAAACCUAAUGAGAAGGGUUGUCUUUGACAUAUUCUUGAAAGUAUUGAGGGUAAAACUAUAAAUUUUAUUGUUAAGACAUAUUUUCUUGUUCACAAGUGUUUCAACAUAACAAGAAACAAGUUGUGUACUCCAACCUGAAUUUGUAAGACUUACAAAGACAGAAACAUGAGCGAGCCUAGCAUCAAACUAAAUUAGAUUCAAGGCUUGGUAUAAAAGGAUUAUGGAUUGUAUGUUUGUAAAACAAGUUGUAGAAGAGCAAAAAUGAAAGUAAUGAAUGAGCAUAUGGGUGAAGUCUACAGAUCCACGAAUUACUGUGGUUGUUAAGAAAUCCAAGAAUACAAUUCCUGGAAAAGAGGUAUUCCAAGGGAUUUAUAUUUUUCUUGGAGCAUUAAAAAGUGAUUGGAUGGAGGGGUUAAUUUUGAUGGUGCAUUCUUGAAAAGUGUAUAUAAAGGUGAAUUGUUGUCUUGCAUUUCCAAAGAUGGAAAUAAUCAGAUGUAUCUUGUAGCAUGAGCAAUAGUAAUAAAGAAUCUAAGGACACAUGAUCUUAAUUUAUUAAGUGCAUCAAACAUGAUUUAGAACUGACACAAACUGAAGGUGAAGUUCUGACAAUUAUGCCUGAUAUGCAGAAGGUAUGAGAACACCUUGUAGUCUUUUUCUUUACUUUGCUAUAGCAAUUUCUAUGUUACACUUAUAUCCCUAUUGUUUUUAUUUGGCAUGCCUUUUUUCUUUGAUAGGGUCUUAACCUAGCACUUGUUGAUUUAUUGUCAUAUUGUGAGAUUAAAUUGUGUGCUAGACAUGUAUGGACCAACUGAAAGAAGAUAUGGAGUGGUGAAGAAAGGAGGAAAAAUUUUGGCAGGUUGCCAGGGCUUCAUUCGAAGUUUAUUUACAAUCAAAACUUGAUGAACUGAGUUCGUUGGGAGAAGGUAUUAUGGAAACUUUGUUAAAGUAUAAUAAAAGUGCAUGGCAUAAGACAUUUUUGCAAGGAUCAUAGUAAGUGUAACAUAGUUGAGAAUAACACCUAUGAGACAUUCAAUAGUUGAAUCUUGGCAGCUAUAUUCAAAUCAAUCAUCACAAUGUUAGAGGAAAUUAGAGCCAAAGUCAUGAAUAGGAUGACUCAAAUGAGGGAGUUUUCUGAAAAAUGAAUAAUUGAUGUGUCACCUGUGGCUAUGCAAAUUCUUAGUGAUAAUGCUAAACAUGUAACCACAUGUGAGAUUAAAUUUAAUGGAGAUAUGACUAUGAGAUUCUGCAUCCACCAUAUAAACAUGUUGUUAAUCUCAAGAGAAAAGUGUGUAGUUGUAAUCAUGACAACUGAAGGGGAAACCUUGUGCAUAUACAAUUACUGCAAUGCAUAACAAGGAUCUAGAUGUUGAGUCAUUUGUUGAUCACCGAUACAACAAGGAAACAUAUUUGAAGGCCUGUAGGCCUACAAUAAGUUCAUUCAACCUAUGACAAAUAUGAAGAUGUGGUCCAAGAGUACAAGACCAUCCAUUGAGCCACCUGAAAUCACUCCUAUGCCACGAAGACCAAGGAAAAAAAAGACUAAAGAUAGUGAUGAGCCUAAUAAGAAGAAGUUUUGGAAAGACUACAAGGAAGGGGAGAAAAUGAAAUGUUCUUUGUGUAAAAAUUUUGGACAUAACAAGAAAGGAUGUCCAAUUGCUAAAAAUGGAUAUACUACUGGAGGUGGUUAUACUGGUGAUGCUACUGCAACUUCUAUAGGUGUAAGUGGCGGUGUAACUGGUGGUGCUAGAGGUGAUAGUAAUGGUGCUACAGGUGACAAUGGUGGUGCAACUACUUCAGCAACUUCUACAGGUGUAACUGGUGGAAGUGGUGGUACAACUACUAAAAGACCAGCCACUACUUCAACAGCUUAUGAAGGUGCAACUACUGCUACAACAACUGCUAGCAGAAGUGCAAAUGUUGCUUAACCAACAAGUCUAUUUAGUACUCAGCAGUCAACUACUAGUGUUAUUGGCUUAAAGAAGAGUAGCAAAACUAAAAGAGGUGGUGAAAAUCCCAGAUACAAGAGGCCAAGAAUAGAGAAGCCAACAACAACUGUUUUGUUGUGCUAUUUGGAGCAAAUGAUGAUGUGAUCAAGAGGUCUGGAACUAUUGAUAGAGAGUUACAUUCUACACUAUUGAAGAGUUCAGUGCUUACCAAUAUCGAUCUUGAUUACAAACCCAAUGGACUAAGGUGGAAGGGUGGAACUACAAUUACUCAAAGGAAACUACAAGAACAAAGUUACAAAUGAGCCGCUCAGUCCACACCAAGCACUCAAUACACAUAAUGUUUCGUAGAAAAGACUCAUGUUUUGCCUAGUUAAAUUCUCAAUUGUCUAUGAUACUUUCCACUAUCAACUUAAUUUUCAAUUGUUGCGUUAACUUGUUACGACAAACAAGUUAUUUUUGCUUAAG